GACUAUGACGUGAGUUUGAAAUUUUCAGGGUACUUUUUCUCAGGGGACAUGGACAGCCUGGCGCUGCUGGACGGGGCGGGCGCGGAGGCGGGGCGGAGCACGGUGGAGGAGGUGAUCUACUCGACGACGGAGGGGAUCAACAUCCUGGCCAACUACAGGAACCACGGAGCCCUGAGCGAGAUCCACCGAGCCCGGCUCGUCGGCAUGGUCAUCGACCACGAGCUGAGCGAGCACCCGGACACCCGGAUCCACCAGAACCGCUUCGUCCAGCUGGCCCAAGAGAUCGUGGCCCUCUUCCCCAACGAGAAGCAGGACACCUACUACAAGCCCUCGCACUACAUCAGCCCCAAGAAGACGCUCCCGCCCAGGGGGAAGCUCUUCGAGAAGUACGCCAACCGCCGCAGGGAUUUCCGCGCCAGCGGCCUCAUCGCGUCCCGGAGAGGAAGAGGUCGCUACAACAUCCACAUGUAACCUUAGUUUAAUAUCCGACACGACGUCACAAGGUUUCUCAAUUUCGAACUUCGGCUUCGGUACUCAUAUCCAGAAGGAGGCUCCCAACCUUCAGCCUCUAUUCGCCGUUCUACAAAGAUUUGAAUGCCAAGUUUGUGGCAAGUCUUUUCGAAGAGAAAAAUCUUUGUACAAUCACACGAAAUACGAAUGUGAAAAAAAUCCCACCUUCAAAUGUCAUCUCUGUCCUUACAAUACGAAAAUCAAAGGCAAUUUGAAAAGGCACACCAUAAUAAAACACCGAAUCUUACCCCUGACGUGAAAAAUUAUGUCGCAAAUUCUUCUCGCGUGUAACCUUCGUGCCUUUUUCUCUGAUGUUCGUCCACCUUGGUUUCAAACUGUAAUAUUGAAAGUUAGUAUUUCUCCAGUAUUUUUUGUAACAUGCGAUCACCUUUUCAUCCAUGCAGUUAUUAUUAUUUUUUUUUAAAAUUAUUAAUCAUCAAUUGGGGGAAUAUAAUUACCCCCUAAUUUUGCAGAAUAUUUCCAGUUGAAAUUAUGUUUUUAUGUAAUUGGAAUCUCUCAUCUGAGUUUAUUUAGUUCACAAUUCCUACUGACCUGAUCUCAUGAACGUGAAUACAUAUAUUUGUUUGAGUUUCAACCGUUGCUUAAAAUAAAGUUGUCCUUUUAGUUCAGUUGUAUUCGCACAAACUUGACCGAGUACCAAAGUGUCUUUUUUACAAGAUUCAUCAUCUCUGAUAAUAAGAUGUGCGCUGCAAAGAUUAAAAAAGAAAGCUGUGAGGAAAACAGUGCCAUAUUAAGAAGCUUAACUAUACUAUUUCAAAGAUACAGCAAAUCAUGAAACCUUCAAAGUAUAGAAACAAAGUAAGAAUUAAACUCUUCAGGAAUUCAGCGCGGCUUUUUGAAGUUGACGGAAGUUGAUGGAAACGGCUGUCAGUGCACGUGUCUUACUGAAAGCUAUUGCCUCAAAUUUUAGAUCGUGGGUAGUUCCUAAUUUUUCAUGAACAGUUGGACUAUAUUUUGCAAUAAUGAACUACUAUUUUUGUCUCAUUCUUGAAAGCAACACAGAAGAACGUGCA